CCACACUCACACAAUCCACAUCUCAAGUUGAUCUCAAGCAUGCUGAAGCUCUGAAGCAACAGCAAGUACAGCACCUCGCACAGUAUUGAAUGUCAUAUUUGACGUUGAUUUGAUGUCGUGAAUUGAUUUCAGCGAGGGAUAAGUACAACCGGACAAAGAUGCGACCGAGAUGCGACUAGACUUGGACUAACUUAGUCUCAUAGCCUGUUUGUUCCACCAAGCUCCUACUGCCAUACCGAUCCACGCUCUUUAGCUCAAGAUGUACGUCUUGAACUUCUCUCGUGGACCUGGUGGGGGCGAAGAGAAUCAUGAGCGCAAGUACCGAGGUCACAGGAUCGACGGCGAGUGGCCGUCCGGGAAUCGAUGGACUGAAUGUCGAUUACAACGACGAGCAAGAGCCUGGGCAAGAUGAUGAACACCAACACUACACGGGUCGGUGCUCUCAAAGGCCUCCGGGUCUGGCGGUGCCAGCAUCGCCAUUACUCGACCACCAUCUCGCACUUUGCUCCGACCUCCAGUGACCAGCCGGCGAGUCUGUCCUACAACGGUACUCCCCUUCCUUACCGCUGGCUUCGCGAUUCAUGCCAAUGUCCGAGCUGCAUCCACCCGUCAACACGCCAGAAGCUGCACAAGACGUCGGACAUACCGGCAGACUCGCUCCUGGCCAGCGACGGGGUCCGUGUCGCUAACAGCGGCGUCGAGAUAACCUGGGCGUCCGGGCACGUCUCGCACUAUCCCAAGAGCUUCCUCGAGCUCUAUUCUUCGCCCAAGAGGUUGCGAGCAUUUCACCAGGAGGUCGCCGCCAAGCGAUGGGACAGGGACGCAUUGCGAUCAGUGAGCAACCUGUUCUUGCCGUACGCCAGUCUGCAGGCCCCCGCGGGGCUGCUCGCCGCCAUAACGCAGCUCACGCAAUUCGGCAUCCUCUUCGUCACCAACGUCCCCACCGAGCGCACCGCCAAUGAGGCCUGCGAGCUGCGCCGGCUCGCGGAGCGCUUUGGCGAGAUCCGCGAGACGUUCUACGGGCAGACGUGGGACGUGAAGAACAUGCGGAACAGCAAGAACAUCGCGUACACGAACGUCGACCUCGGCCUGCACAUGGACCUGCUCUACUUCCAGCACCCGCCGCGCUUCCAGAUCCUCCACUGCCUCCGCAACCGUGUCGAGGGCGGGGCGUCCUACUUCGUCGACGCCCUCCAUGCGGCCGAGACGCUGCGCGAGACGCAUCCAGAGGACUUCAGCGUCCUCGCGGACACCCCCGUCGCGUUCCACUACAUCAACGACGGGCACCACCUGCACUACUCCCACCCGACUAUCGAGCUCGCAGCAACGGCAGACUCUGCUCCCGGCUCCCCGCGCCCGACUGCGCACAUCAACUACUCGCCACCGUUCCAAGCACCGCUCCCGGUCUCUACCCCGCUCGCAUUCUAUUCUGCGCUCGAGCGCUUCGCCAACCUCCUAGAGGACCCCGCCUUGCGCUAUGAGCAUCUUCUGCGCGAGGGCGAUGCGGUCGUGUUCGACAAUCGCCGAGUGCUGCACGCACGCACGGCAUUCAAGGACCGUGAAGAAGACUCCGGCGACGCACCGAAUCGCUGGCUGAAGGGCUGUUAUCUGGAGGCGGACGCUGUCUUGGACAGAGGCAGGGUGUUGCGGGCGCGCCUGCAGGCACACUGACA